ACUUAUAGAGCAACUGAAUCUGACUUUGAAAAAUAAAGAAGCUAUAAUUCAACACCUUGAGGAAGGAAAGUCUCAGAACGGAUCUUAUGAUGGGAACUUUCCAGCAGAAAAAAUCAGAGAACUUACCAUUGCUUUGAGGCGUGAAAAAGAUGGUGAGAUAGAGGCAAUCAGAAUGGAGCUUAAAAAUGAGAGAAAUUCCUUUGAGAAAAAAAUUCAGUCUCUUCAAGAAGAGCUACGAGAGAAAGAGAAUGAGCUUGCUGUUGAAAAGAAAAAUGGUUUGAAAAGGGAUAAAACCAUUCAAGGACUAACGGUUGCAUUGAAAGGAAAAGAAAAAGAGAAUGAAGAACUUAAUUCUGAGAUUGAGGAUUUGAAUCUUUCAUUGGCCAAGGCAAGAGAGGCAACUCAUAAAGCACACAUCCAAAAAUUCAAGGGUGCUGAGGAUUAUCAAGCUCUCUUGAUGGAAAAAGAAACUCUUCUGGCAGAGCUGCGUUCGGAAAACCUCAUGAAGGAUACGGAAAACCGUAAGCUACAGAGGAGGAUUAAAAGGACGGACCAAGAGCUAAAUGACUUGAAUUUAGAAAGAGAGAAGAUGGAAAGGGAGCUGGAUGAAGCACAACUACAGAAGAGCAGAAGUGACAAAACCAUUAAUGACCUUAGAAAUCAGCUAGAGAAAUUACAUGGUGAAAUGACUGAGAAAGAAAAAGCAGUUGAACAUCAUUACAAUAUUCUGCUGAGUGAAAGCAAUCAGAAGUUGCAGAGCCAAGAACUAGUUAUAAAGCAGCUAACAGACAAUGUCAAUCAAAAGGAUCUAUUGCUUCAGAAACUUGAUGGAACAAUUAAAGAAAAAGAUGUAGAAUUGCAGGCCCUUAUUAAUAAGUACAAGAACCUUCUAAAAGCCAAUGAAGAACUUGAGCUGAAAAAUGAAGGCUUAAUAAAGGAAAAAUGUGUUGUACAGUCUCAGGAGUCAAUUAUCAAGAUAGUCAGAGAGCUAGAGGAAAAAAAAGAAUCUGAGUAUGAAAAGUUGAUCCUUGCUUUAAGAAAGGAGCAAAAUAUUUAUUCUACUUUAGUGAAGACCUUCAAAGAAUCAGAUAGUAUAAACAGCUUGCAGACAGAACUAAACAACAUUUCCUUGUUGCGAAAACAACUGGAGGAAGAUAUUUUAGCUAAUCGGAAUCUGCAGAAGGUCUUAGAAGAUCAAAUUAAGGACGUAAAAACCCGGCAAGAUGAAACACUAUCUUUUUGUGGAGAUCAAACAUCUUACAUGAGCAUUUGUUUAGGAGAGCACGAUCAUUUAGGCCUACAGAUAGACCAGCUGUCUCUUGAAGAACUUAAGAAAAAGGUAACUGAUCUCAUUCUGAUGGUUAAGGAUCUGCAAUCAAUUAAUCAAGAGCUUAAGAAAAAACAGCUUGGACUCUGUACAGCAGAUUCUCAAGGGAAAGAAGCACUAAAAAUAUUGAACUGUAGCGAGUUUCUUGAAAUACCAGAAGGGACUGUGACGCAGACUGAAGAUGGGGACAAUGACAAGAAGAUGCAGAACAGUCAAUCUUCUGAGAGGAUCAGUGAGAAGAUACGGCCUCAAGUAUUUGUUGAGGAACUCCAAGAUUGUCCUCAUGAUCUGGAUGAGCAGAUAACUCCAUCAGGCUGUUCAGAGAGCUUCUGUGAAGACAGACAUUAUAGGAAUCCAAAAAAGCCUCAGCUUGAACAUGAUGCAGCUGGCAAACACUUUGGCAGAAUAGGGAUGAGCGAACAUGAAACAGAAGAGAAAAACUUGCUUGCAUCUCUUUUAAGAGAAAAUAGAACAUCUGUACUUGGAUCCAGCAGACAAGAACAAAUAAAAAUGGUAAAUGAACUGUUAGAUCAUCUGAACACAACUGAGCAAGAAUGUUCAAGUGAAGAUAUAGAGAAAACAGAUGAAAAAGAUCUUAGGCAAAUGAUUAUUCAACUAAGAGCUGAACUCAAACAUUUCAAGCAGGUCAAUAAAUUCUUAAAGCAGCAAGUACAAUUGGAAACAACUUUUGAUGGGAAAGAGAAGCUUUAUCCAGAUACAGCGCCAGAGAUUAAUAAGGAUAUUGAGUUGUUGAAAGUGAAAUUGAAAGAUGCAGCUACACAAACUUUAGAGGAUAAUGUCAUGAGAUUCAAACAUGAAGGCAAAAAUGGAUCCUCAGAAGAAAAAACAAAAUAUUCAAGAUUAAAUACAGAAAAAGAACAUCAGCAAGAAAAUGUGUACAAGAAGGGCAAGCAGCAUGAAAGACUCUUUUUUACAAGUAGAACAAAUGAACCUGAUGCUGCGUACGUGCCCAAGAAAUCCCGUCUGCCCAUCCUGUUAAAAUCAUCCGGAUCGUUAGGAAUGGUGCCUUUAACCUCCUGGACCCAGAAGUCAGACUCACAAAUGCAGCAUCACACAGUGGCACUUGAUGCUGGUCAGCAAGCAUACGAAAUACAAAACAAACAUCUGCAGCCACAAACAAAUGGCAAGUUAUUAUUGAGUGAGACGGUAACUGAAAACCAUCAAGAAGAGCCUGAACAGGAAAGUGCAUCAGUGAGAGAAACUGAAAAUCAUCAUAACCUAAGCAACACGAGUAUCCAGCAUUCAUUAAAAGAGAUAAAUGAAGAGCUUUAUUCCGUGGAACAUGAGGACGUUGACUCAGGCACAGCUUUUCCAUGUUCCAAGAGCCUGCUUUCUCCCAAAUUGAGUGUAACAAGUACACAUGCACUUGAUGACUGCGAAGUCAUAGAUGAUAUAGAAGAAAUGAAACAAAGAAUUAAGACAAUGAAGUCUGAGCUUGCAAAGUACAAAAUGUUCGUGUUUAAUUUACAGACCACCAGCCAACUUUUGUCAAGUGAUAUGUCCAAUGUGGUUUGGAGUGACACAGCCUUCCCUGUGGAAGAACUAGUGAUACAAUCGCAAGAUACUGCUAUGCAAGAAACUAAAACAUAUUCUAGCGUACAUCAGCAGAUGGAUUAUGACAUCCAGACAGAAAACAGGAAUUCACAGCAUUCAGAAAUACCUGGUACAUGGACAACACAAAAUCUUAAGGAUGUACUAUCAGCAAAUGAGGCAGAACUCGAAAAGGAGCAAAUUGCAAAUCUGCAUCUUCUUGAUGAGGUGUAUCGUCUUCAAAACAAACUUAGAGAAGCAUCACCAUCCAAGUAUGAUUCAUUAGUUCAUUCACAAGCUCGAGAACUCUCCUUUCAACGUCAACAAAUUAAAGAGAUCCGCGGUAGUUGUGUCACUUACCAUCAACAUCUGACCAGCCUCAUUAAAGCUUUUGAGGAACUGCUUCAGGCCAGUGAUGUAGAUUAUUAUGUUGCUGAAGGCUUCCGUGAACAGCUAAAUCAAAGUGUACUAUUGUUUGAAAAGCUAGAAGGAAAAUUCCUGCAUGGAGAAUCAAUAGGUGCUGAAGUUACUAAACUUUAUGAAUUGUCUCAAAGGGGUAAGGAGAACACCACAGUGCACCCGCAACUCAAGGAUGAAUCACCUAUACCGUCUGCUUUUCAUAGCUUGUCUGACCUUGAUAUGUCAGAAAAGUCAUCUCUGGGAUCACCUGAGCACAAACCCGAGCUAGCAGAAGGACAUGGCAUACUGGCACUUCUGCCAAACAACUUUCCCCCAGAGUUAUUAAUGGAGCAUCUGCAAGAAAUUCGAAUCCUGAGACAACGUUUAGAAGACUCCAUAAAAACUAAUGAGAGACUGAGGAAGCAGCUGGAAAGACAAGUGACAGAGAAAGAACUCGAUCAAGGUUCUGCAAACAUUUUUCUUCAUGGCUCAGAACAACAUAAUUCCCUGACUUCUGAAAUUCAUUUCCUGAGGAAGCAAAAUCAAGUUCUGAAUGUAAUGCUAGCAAAAGGAUCCAGAGAUAAACAAAAGGAAAAUGAAAAGUUAAGAGAAUCCAUUUCUAAGAAGAAUGCAAUCAUUGAGCAUCUUCACCAAGAUUAUGAAUGCAUCAAGAAAGAAAAUGAAAGAUUGCAAAAACUAAUUGGCAAAAAGGAGGAUGAAACCAGAUAUCUGACACGUGAGAUUUACAGCAGUCGUAAUGAAUUAAACAGGUUGCAAACAGAAGCGAAUGUAAAGCAACAUCAGCUCUCUGAGAAUGACAAAUUACUGCAGUCGCUCCGAAUUGAGCUCAAGGUCUAUGAAAAGUUGGAAGAAGCAAGGAGAAAGAAGACAGAUCCCAGACACGAUGCAUCCGAAGAAUUUCGAAAAGAUCAAAAUAAUCCACUUGACUUACAUGAACUCUUGACUGAAAUACAGAGUUUGCGAGUACAGCUUGAAAGAAGCAUAGAGACAAACAAGACUUUACAUGAGAAAUUAGAGGAACAGCUUUCAAAAGAAAAGAGAGAAGAAGUGGGCUCAGUGUCAGCUGUGAAUAUCAACUACCUUUUCAAACGAGAAUCUCAGCAUUAUGCAGGAAUGAAUGGCACACACUUAGCACCUAAAGACGAUUUUGACAACACUUCCCACUGCAGCAGCACCUCAUCUUCCAGCACUGCGUGUACCCCUCGACUUGUGCCUGGCCAUCGUAUGUGGGCAGACAAAAACGGGCGGCAUGUUCUGGGCUUGAUUGAGGAUUAUAAUGCUCUGAGAGGUCGCUGGUAUGAAACUGCCGGAGCCUGGAAUCAAGUUAUAAUUAGCAAAGCUAUUGAAGAUGCAGUUUACAGUGCUGAAAUGCUUUUUGUGGUAUCAUAUGUGCCAGACCAGGCCUCACCACGUAGCUUUUCUGCAAAUGUCCACACGGUGCAGCAGAUUUUAGAGGAGGCUGCGCGUUUAUUGAAACUGCUCUGGAGAGUUUCCCUUCCUCUGAAAGCUGCACACGGCAACGCUGCUCCUGGCGCCCAGGAUGAAGGAAUGAAAGCAGAAAUAUUCAGGUUGCGUAAGAAACUAUCUGAGCAAGAGAAGAAGUUACACAGCACAGUGAAACGCCUGCACUCCACCAACCAGCUGAAGGAAAACAUGGAGAAAGUCAUCAUUGAUCAGUUGGUUUUAACCCAUGAUGUCCUGAAGAAAGCUAGAGGAAACCUGGAAGUUCAACCAGCGGAGAAUCAAAAAGCGGCUUCCUUUACCAACAAAAAAAGGAUUCUCUGAAGGAGAAAGGUCCGUUAAUAAAGACUGUUCCCGUGCUUAUUGUUUGAUUCUUCGUGCCUUACUAUUUAUUGAUGUAAAAAUGUUCAUUUAGCUCUUUUAUUGCAGUCAGUCUUUGUCUAGAAAAAAAGAAAAAAGAAA